CACUUAAAUUGUGUGGGUUCUGCCCACGUUAUCCUUGCUUGUAUAAUAGACAUGUUAUGCAAAUGAGAUGCAAUAUUUGAAAAGGCGUUAUGGAGAGGGAUAUUAUCUGUGCUGAAGUCCUAGAAUAGUAACAUUGGCUGAUGGACAUUCCAGGGUGGGAGAUAUUCCCCCCCCCCCAUUGUGAUUAGGGAGGGGAAUGCUUUUGUCAUAAUGUAGAUUGUUCAGUGGGAAAAUCUGGGUAGGGUAAGGUUGUAUGGCUCUUCUUGGGGGAGGGGGGGGGGGGUAUUAUUUGAAUCAAACAAAUACAAGUUGUUUCGUUGUGUACAUAUGUUUUACUAAACAGAUCAUCAGUUAUAGGACCUGUAUAUGAUUACUACUCCUUGUGUUGCAACAUAAUGCAAUAUACUGUAGAUUAUUUGAGAUGGGAUAGAUGUAUCAAUGAUGUUUGACGUCUCCAUGUCUACAUUAUGGUAGAGCAUCUGUUGAUUCAUCCGCAUAAGGAAUUCACAUCAUUUGAUAUACAUUUUUUGUAUGAAUAACAAAUCUCAUACAUUUUUUGACCGAUCAGAUUUAGGACUCAUUAAUGAGUAUUUUGUGAUUUAUUCUUUUUCAGGUCACGACACUUUUGAGGCUGUAUCAUUGACUGUGUGUUCUCUUCAAAGUGGAUGUUCUACUGUUGAGUUGAGGGCACUUUUCAAUGGAAGUUUCAUUUUUGUGCCAGAUUCUACUUUCUAUUUAACUCAGUUCUUGAUCAGUAGUGUUUGGGACCCAGACUCAUUAGACAAUCCAGCUAGGAUUAAAGGAGAGAAUUUCAAUUUAUGUGAGGAAGAUUUCCCUAAUCUAGAUGGGAGAAUAACCUGUGCAUUCAAGCACAUAGAACGGCCGCCAUCUUGGAAGAUUGUAACAGACUCGCCUCGGAUCGAUCAGAAUCCACCACCAAGGGAGACAUUACUCCACUUUGCAGCUCGUUUUGGACUGCGGGACUUUGCUGAACACCUACUGGAUCAUCCAGCUUCUGAUGUAGCACUCAAACUACCUAACAAGGACGGUGAUUUGGCUGUAGAACUAGCCAGGACAUCGGGGUUAGAUAGCCUUGCUGAUCGCAUGCUAGAACAAUCAUUGAAUGAGGAUUGCAGUCAAAGAAGUAGAAGACUGGAACAUGUUGAAGGCAAGGCGUGUAAGAUAAAGAGACAUUAUACACUCAGUACAGCUACUAUAACAACCAAGCUGGAUGAGAGUAAUAACGCUAUUGAGGACGAUAUCCAGAUGUUACGUGACGUAGUGAGUUACAUGGAGGCAGACGAUGAUGAUAGUCCGAGGAUGCUGUCUCCUAGAAAGCUUGGAAAACACACCAAGUUUGGCCAAAUCUCACCAGAUCAAGGAUUAAGUGAGAGCAGUUGCUCAGAAGAUGAAGAAGACGAGGAUGAAGAUGAUUACAUCCGACAUCGAGAGUACAGAGGAACGCUAGAACCUGUCUUAGAGGACAGCAUACAACAACUCCAAUCAAUCAACCAUCAUGUACAACAUCUCAGGAAAGAAAAUAGAGUAAGACUUGCAGAGGUAAGGAUCUUCUGGCUAUCUUUCAUCAUUUACUAUUAUAUAUCAAUGAUUGUAUUGGAAGAGUCAAUAUUUGCAUUUAUAUACCACAUACCAAGGAUCAUGCUCUAGGAUUGGUGAAAAGUCAAACCCUUGAUAAGAGUUUAGUUGCCUCAUGGAUUAUCACUCCCAGGAAUAUAACUUUUUUGUUUGGCUGAGCCCUUCACCUUAUAGACAUAAAACAUUAUAAAUGAUUUUGAGUCUUCAUGAAAUAAAAAAGCAGUGCCACUUGAUUUUGGGGGGUCCAUUUUUCUGUAGUAACUUUAAAGUACCUUUGUUCUGUUGCAGUUACAUUGCUAGAGCAAAAGUAAUUCACAAGAUAGAAAUUAGCAAACAGUAAUUUACAAGCAGUGAUUUACAAGCAGUAAUUUAUACCGUGUUUUACACGCUUGGCUUGCGGUGGAGAACCGAGAGCCGAUACAGAAUCAGCUUUUUUUUUUGCGUGUAAAUGUGAUUAACUUGCAUCGGCUCUUGGUGCAGAAUCAGCAAUUUUGCACUGCCAAAAUAGUAGGAUCAGAACUGUGAGCCGAUGCACAAUAGGCCUUUUCUACAUGUAAACACGGAGCCAAUUUUGCACAGGCAAUUAGCUGAUUGCUCACCUGUUAACUUAUUGUGACGUGAAUGCGCAUGACGUAAAAUAUGCGCAGAUAGAAUCCACUGAUCUGUGUUUUUGCCUCGCGGGCCGAUUCUGCACCGCAAGCUGUGACAGCAUGAAAACGCGAUGCAAGAUAACCCAAGAGCCGAUACUGCACCGCGAGGUGAUGCAGGGUGUAAACAUGGUAUUACAAGAAGUAAUUUACAAUCGGUACUUCACAUGCGGUAAUUUAUAAUCUGUAAUUUACAAGAAGUAAUUUAUACCGUGUUUACACUUAAUCGGCUUUUGCAUCGGCUCGCGGUUCUGAACCGGCAAUUUGCACCACCAAAGUAGUAGGUUCAGAACCGCGAGCCGAUGUAGAAUCAGCUUUUUUACUACGUGUAAACAGAAAGCCGAUUCUGCAUCGGCAAUUGGUGCGCAUUUCAUUUGCUUUUCCAUUGUGACGUAAUUGUAAGCGCACAGAUCCAGCGUUGUCUUUAUUAUGACGUAUAUUGUUGUGCGUAUUAUUUCAGGUCUUUGCAUAGGCUCAUGGUUCUGAACCGCGAGCUGUAACAGCGUGUAAACACAGUGCAAGAUAAACCAAAAGCCAAUUCUGCAUUGGCUUUUGGUUCUGAACCAAAAGCCGAUCAAGUGUAAACACGGUAUUACAAACAGUAAUUUACAAGAAGUAAUUUACAAACAAUGAUUUAAAGAUGGUGCUGCACUACCCUGAACUAAAAAAAAACACAUUCCAAGUUUCAUCAACUAGAUCCAUAAGCUUUCAAAGCUAUGACCACAUUUAAAAAACUUUCCCUUGGUUAAGAUUUUGAUUCUUCCAACAUGGUUCAUUGAUCCUAAAUAACCUUUGACCUUGUUCAUGUGACCUGAAAAUCAGGCAGGAUGUUCUGUAAUACUUGAUCACCCUUAUGUUUAAGUUUCAUGAUCUAGGUCCAUAUUCUUUCUAAGUUAUGAUGACAUUUCAAAAACUUAACCUUGGUUGAGAUUUCAAUGUUGACAACGCCCCCUCCACUGCCGUUGGAAAAGCGGCGCCUGUAGUCUUGCUCUGCUAUGCAGGUGAGACAAAAAUAUUGUAGCACUUGCUCAAGCAAAUGACCUACCCAUACCAGAGGACCCCUUUACAAUAAAUGAGCAUGCUUAAGAGCAACAAGAGGACGUAGUGACACCUGAAGUGCUGAAAUAUGUCCCUGUUGAUGACAUCAUCUUAAAACUCAUUAACUGUACUUGUGAAGAUGGUGAGCUGUCAGAACGCAGAACAGUAUCUACCCUUAACAUCAUCCCAGUACCAAAGUCAGGGGAUCUUUCCAAGACCGACAACAACCGUGGGAUCUCUCUGAGCUCACUUCGUAGCCAAGACUUAUUAUAGAAUGAUCCUGAACCAUAUCAGACCCUUCAUAGAUCCACUACUAAGGGACUCUCAAAAUGACUUCCGACAGGAACUACAUGUAUCAACUAUAGGUCAAAUCCUGGCUCUUAUGAGGCUACUUGAACGAGUGAGGGAUAACCUUCAUUGAUUUCAAGAAGGCCUUCAAUAUUAUUCUAGGGAAACUCCUUGAAAUUUUCCAUGCCUCUGGCAUUCUUGAGAAACUGGUUCAGGCAAUCAGUGCCAUAUACUCUAAGGUCUGUUGAGUACUUCAACAUACUGGCUGGUGUACUUCAAGGUGACACACUUGCCCCCUUCUUUUUUAUUUUUUAUUUAUUCACUUCUUAUCCAUUUCUGUAUUUUUUUUUGCUUUUUAUUUAUUUUUUUUCUGAUCAGAAUCUUUGCCACUUAAAUCAGAUCAUUAACAAGACAAAAUGAAUUGUGUUUAAUCAGUGUUUUUAAAAUUUCUUUUGUAUUUCUUUGUCAACUUUUUGUUUUUUUUGUUUUUUUCAAGCAAAAAAUAACUUGCAACAUCAUUUAAUCUUUGUCAUCAAAGGACAAUGAAAAAAAUAUGUAUCGAAGAAAAUAUUUUGGAAAGUAGAAGUUACAUGAAUGAAUAAUCCUGGGGUAGUGAUAUGCUAUGGUAUGAUUUGUCAUGCGAAGAUUGAUGAUCAUUUGGCAUCUAAUCUGGACAGAUUAGCGUAUGAAAGUUUGUACAUAGGAGACCACUGGACAUCCUGUCUGUGUGUGUGUAUUCAUAAGGUCAUCAUACCCGACGUCAUCUUGAAAGGGAAAUAGCACUGUUUUUCCUCAUCGAUCCUCCCUAAAAAGCAAUCAAUACGAUGUAUUGGACCGUGAACUGAACCUUCUUACAUGAUUGGGGGGGGGGGGGGGGGGGGGACACCCUGCUCCAAGUUUUUUUCCUCUGAAUCGUUUUGAAGGAUCCCCGUUCAGUCCAAUGUUGUUUCAGAGCGUUCAUUUCCAUAUUGUUUUCUUAGUGAUAGGUAUGAUUCAUACUCUACAUGGGAUAAUAUGAAGUAAGCUGGAUAUAUCAGGCAAUACUUAAUCACAUCUUCAAUUUUCCUGCCUUUGUUAUAUUGUCUGAUUUGAAUUUUAAAUUCAGUCGUUUUCAAAUCAAUUUGACUUCGAACGUGACUGGGAAUAUGCCUUAUAAUUAUAUACUGAUACCAAAAGAACGCAUAAAUGGAAAUGAGAUAAAAACAUUUGAAUGAGGUACUGUGAGUGAAAGAAUGAACCUAAAUGUUUGCAAAGGAAUUAAUUAAUUACUGGAAAUUCUGAAUAAAAUCUAUUUUUAUAGGCAAUGGUUUUUAAUACCAUCCCCAGCCAUUUUAGUGAAUUGCUAUUAUGGCCGUAACAUCAUCAGAUAAGAGUGCUAAAUGUAAACACCUUUGUGAUAUUCAUGAUAUAAAGGUGUACUUCUUAAUAGUUACACCAAUAUUAG